AUGUCUACCACUUCAGUCGAACCAUCUUCCCCUAUCGCCUACGGGCCAUCUGAAACAGCUCUUCUCCUCCUUGAUUGGUACACCCUGUUCAUAGAGAAGGUUGCCGGACCAACUGCUGAACCAGCGUUGAAGGUCGCAGUUGAACUCAGAAACUGGGCCAAGGCUCACAACAUCACGGUUGUCCACUGCCUUAUCGACUCAAAUGGCACUCCUUUCUCAGCCUGCAAAGGCGUCGAUCGCUUCCAAGGGCUCUUGCAGGUCAUGAAGACCCUGGAGGAACCCGAACCAGCUGAACUUCGGGCUGAUGACAAAGACGAGCUCACCUUUCACCGUGUGCCGGGCCAUAUCUCGGCGCUCAAGUCCCCAGGCUUGCUUGGUUACUUGAAAAAUAGGGGCAUCAAGUCUCUUGUUCUCAGUGGUUUGAGCACUUCUGGCUGUGUUCUGAGAACGGCAGUCACAGCAACGGAUGCUGAAUUUGCAACAACAGUCAUCAGCGACGCCUGUGCUGAUGGGGAUGAGGAGCUUCACCGGGUCAUCAUGGAUAAGAUUGUUCCUUCUAGGGGUCAUGUGAAGAGUGCUGCAGAGUUUCAGAAGGAAUUUGAGGGGCCUCAGAAUGUUCGAACUGGACAACUGAGAGCGGCGCGGAGUUUGAAUUAG